AUGGCUCCAAAAAAAGGUUCUGUAGGGAAUUCCAAUUCUAGAGAUGUCGACGUGGAAGAUCGUUUCCAAGCUGUUGUUCUAACCGAUUCUUUCGAAACCAGAUUCAUGCCAUUAACUGCAGACAAACCAAGAUGUUUGUUACCUUUGGCUAACGUUCCUUUAAUUGAAUAUACUUUAGAAUUUUUAGCUAAUGCUGGUGUUAAUGAGGUUUAUUUAACUUGUUCAUCACAUGCAAAUCAAAUCGAUGAGUAUAUUGAAAAUUCUAAAUGGAAUUUACCAUGGUCACCUUUCAAGAUUUCUACUAUUCUUGCACCCGAAGCUAGAUCUGUAGGUGAUGUUAUGAGAGAUCUAGAUAACAGAGGUAUUAUAACAGGUGAUUUUAUAUUAGUUAGUGGUGAUGUUAUUACAAACAUUGAUAUCAGUAAAAUGAUUGAAUUCCACAGGAAAAUGCAUGCUCAAGAUAAGGAUCAUAUUGCCACUAUGUGUUUAAGUGAAGCUACAGAAUAUUACAAGACCAGGACUUUUGAACCGGCUGCUUUCAUAUUGGAUAAAUCUACAAAUAGAUGUAUAUAUUACCAGGAUUUACCAUUAAUAUCUUCUCAAGAAAAGGGUGCUGUCCAGAUUGAUCCAGAAUUAUUAGAAAGCGUUGAUGAAUUUACUAUUAGAAAUGAUUUAAUUGAUUGUAGAAUAGAUAUUUGUACUCCUCAUGUGCCACCUAUUUUCCAAGACAACUUUGAUUACCAAUCCUUGAGAACUGAUUUCGUCAGAGGUGUUAUAUCUAGUGAUAUUUUGGGUAAGAGCAUUUAUGCAUACAUAACUAGUGAUUACGCAACCAGAGUCGAGAGUUGGCAAUCAUAUGAUACGAUAUCGCAAGAUUAUAUUGGUAGAUGGUGUUAUCCAAUGGUAUUAGAUAACAAUAUGCAAUACGAUCAAACUUAUUCCUAUGAAUCCAGACAUAUCUACAAAGAGAACAAUGUUGUCUUAGCUCAAUCAUGCAAGAUUGGUAAAUGUACAGCAAUUGGGUCUGGUACAAAGAUUGGUGAAGGUACACGUAUUGAAAACUCUAUCAUUGGUAGAAAUUGUCAAAUUAGUGAAAAUAUUGUGAUAAAGGAUAGUUUCAUCUGGGAUAAUACAAUUAUUGGAGAUAAUAGUAAAAUAAAGCAUUCUAUUGUUGCAUCCCAUGCUAAAUUGGGAAAUAAUGUCACAUUGAACGACGGUUGUAUUAUCGGUUUCAACGUUAUCAUUGAUGAUAAUAUGGAGAUUCCAAAGAGCACUAAGAUCUCAUUUAAGCCAGUCAAAAAUCUAGGAUCAUCUACAUUUAAUCUUGGAGGAGAUGAAGAGGCUUCCGAUGAAGAAGAUUCAGUUGAGUAUUCAAGCUUUGUCGGUGUGAAUGGUGUCGGUUACCUGUAUGACAGUGACACAUCUGAUGAUGACGAAGAUGAAUCGAAUGAUAUACAUAAAGUGUCGAACUGCCUAGCUUAUCAACUUGAAGAGCUAUAUCUAAGUGAUGCGUCCAUAUCUUCUAUUACUAAGAGAAAGAAGAAGAAGAGAACAAUGUCGUCCAACAGUAUGUACACUGAUAGAGAAGACAUUGAAUCAGAGGAUGAUGACGAUGAAGAUUUUGAGGCCGAAGGUCUUGCAACUGUUGAGAGAGCAUUAGAGAACAAUCAUGACAUUGACACUGCAUUAUUAGAAUUAAAUACUUUAAGAAUGAGUAUGAACGUAACUUACCACGAAGUUAGAACAGUUACUGUUAUGGCUUUAGUGAGAAGAGUUUAUCACUUUAUUUCAACUCAAACUUUAGGUCCAAAGGAUGCCGUCCACAAGGUAUUCAACCAUUGGGGUGAUCUAUUCAAGAGACAAGCAUUUGAAGAAAGUGAAUUCGUUGACUUAAUGAAUAUUAUUAUGGAUGUCGUAGAGGAUACCCAUUUCGAUAAACCAGAUUUAAUUCUAUUUGGUGCUUUCACUUCAUUGUAUGAUAACGAUAUUCUAGAGGAGGAUAUCAUUUAUAAAUGGUGGGAUAACGUUUCAGAUGAUCCAAAAUAUGAUAAUGUCAAGGGUUUGAUAGCCAAAUGGGUUGAAUGGUUAAGAACUGCGGAUGAGGAAUCAUCUGAAGAAGAGUCAUCUGAAGAAGAAUAA